AUGGCAGGAUACAUCGCCAAUGCCGUUCUGCUGGCCACAGUGUGCCUCAUCGGCGGGCUCGUCUACGCCACAAUCUACAAUCUUUACAUAUCGCCCUUGAAAGUCUAUCCCGGACCAGUAUCGCAUGCCAUUUCUAGACUCCCCCUGGACAUUGCUCGUCUCCGAGGAAAUCAUCACAAGCACCUUCGUUGGCUUCACGACAAGUAUGGUCCGGUCGCACGGGUGGCCCCCGGUGAAGUGUCAACCAUCAAGGGCAAAAGCUGGGCCGAGAUAUAUGGCCCUCGCAUUGGCCGACUAGAGAUGCCCAAGGCCGACCUUGGGCAUAGACUCAAUGGUGUUCACGGCAUAUUGACUGCCCCAACGCGAGGCCAGCACAGGCGACAACGCCGCAUGCUAGCGCAUGCUUUCUCUGCACAAGGGCUCCGCGAACAGGAGAAUCGGAUCAAUCAUUUCGUCAAUCUCCUCAUGGUCGGCCUGACAGAGCGUGCUAAUAUCGCUCCGGUGGAUAUGGCUGAGUGGUUUCACUGGACGAGCUUCGUUCGGCUCGCUAACGUUGCCAUGGACGUUAUUGGCGAUCUUGCAUUUGGCGAGACUUUUGGCUGCUUGGAGUCGCAGUCCACUCACGAAUGGAUAGAUUUUGUCCUGAAAGGCUUCAAAGCUGCCGUCAUCUUCUUGAUGGCGGAGCAAUGGGGCGUGGUUGGCCUGCUCAUGCACCUAAUCCCAAACAAGAUGAUGGAGGACAGACGGAAGAACUUCGACUUUCUGGUCGAUAAAUUACAGAGAAGAGUUGCUCGCGGCAAGGACCGCGGAGAUUUCUGGGACCACGUCUUGAAGCACGACAUACACACCGUGCCCGUCGACCUGCACUCGCCAGAGACGCGCGGCACGACCAUCGAAGAAAUGCAAAGCUGCGCCGGCGAUCUUGUCCUCGCCGGAUCCGAAACCACCGCCACCCUCCUCAGCGGCGUCGUCUUCCAUCUGCUGCAAAACCCCGCCGUCCGAGAGCGCGUCACGGCCGAAGUCCGGACCACAUUCGCAGACGAGUCAUCCAUCAACCUCCUCUCCGUCACCCCGGACAAGCUCCCCUACAUGGACGCCACCCUCCAAGAAACCAUGCGGCGCUACCCACCCGUGGGCCUCACCGUGCCGCGCAAGAUCCCCCUUGGUGGUGACACCGUCGACGGCGUCUUCCUCCCCGAAAACACCCGCAUCAGCAUCCCGCACAUCAUCGCCUACAACUCGCCCUACAACUUCGCGCGGCCGCUGGAAUUCCUCCCGGAGCGCUGGCUGCCCGAUCGACCCCAGGAAUUCGCCAACGACAACCCGGACAAUGUGUUCCAGCCCUUCAGCGCGGGCCCGAGGAACUGCAUCGGCAUGAAUCUCGCGAGGGCCGAGAUGAGGCUGGUCUUGUCGAGGCUGCUGUGGCGCUUUGAUCUGGAGAAGCCGGCGGGGGCGGGGACGGUGUGGGAUGGGUGGUUGGAGGGGCAGAAGAUGUGGUUGUUGUGGUUUAAGGAUCCGCUGAUGGUGAGCCUGAAGACGAGGGAAGGGGUGGUGGAUGUCAAGGCUUGA